AUGCCCCCGCUGGCGGGUGACGAGCCCGGCGGAGGCGGCGCCUUCACCGUCCUCAACCGCGAGCGCGAGGCCGACGCGGGAGCUGCCCGCGCCAGGCACGUGCUGGCCGUGCGGCCGCUGCAGCGCGAGCCCGCCGCCCCCGCCCCGGCUGCGCCCGGCUCCGAGUUCUCCCGCGAGCUGGACCGCAAGCUACGCCGUCUGCGCGCCACCGAGCGACCCUCGCGCCGCGCGCGCUUGCAAGAUAUGAACCCGCAGGAAGAGCGGCCGCGCUUCGUCACCACUGUCAAGUCGGGGCAGUUCCUGCUGCCGCCACCCGAACUGGCGACGCUGCUGGGGCUGGAGUCGCUGUACCCGGCGCCGCGCGAGCCCAUCGUGUACUCGUACUCGAGCCACCCGAAGCCCGUGGCGGCGCGCGCCAAGCGGGACACGCGUGGCGCCGCUCGCGGCCCGAGUGGCGCAGCAGAGAAGGCCGCGGGCGGCGCGGCGCGGGCGCGGCUGGGCGCCGCGCUGGGCAGCGUGCGCGUGCUGGCCGCCGCCGCCCUGGGGCUGCGCGGGCAACACGGCACGCUGGCGUACUCCAACGUGAUGCACGACAAGCGCGUGGUGCGCGGCUCCACCUUCGCCUCCCACCCCAUGGCUGCCGGAGACGGUGUGGAGAGCGCGGCGUCGCGCGCGGCGCGGACCCGGCGGCGCGCGCUGGCGCGGAGGCAGGCCGCGGCCCGCACGCGGCCCGGCACGCCGCCGCCCGCGCCCGGCCGCCGCCACCACCCCAUACAGACCGAGUACUACCUCGAGGAGCUAUUCGACAAAGGCGUGGAGAUGUCGGUGGGCGUGCAGACGGACCUGUUCGUAGACCGGCCCGCCACGCCCGUGUACGUGCCCGCCAAGACCGGCGCCGACGCCGCCACACAGAUAUACCCCGGAGACCUGUUCGACUUCGACCUGGAGGUGCAGCCCAUCCUGGAGGUGCUGGUGGGCAAGACGGCGGAGCAGGCGCUGGCGGAGGUGGCGCAGGAGGAGGAGCUGGCCACGCUGCGCGAGCAGCAGCGGCGCUACGGCGAGCUGCGCGACGCGGAGCGGGCUGAGCGCGCGCGGCUGGCCGCGCAGGACUUGCGCCUGCACCGCGAGAAGGAGCGGCGAGUGGCCGAGGCGCGCGUGGCGCAGAUCGCGGCCGUGGAGGCGCGGGAGCGCGCCGCGGCCGCCGUGCUCGUGCAGGGCUACGUGGCCGAGCUGCUGCCCGCCGUGCUCGCCGGCCUGCGCGACCAGGGCUACCUCAUGGAGCGCAUCGAGCGCGGAGUCGACGACGAGUUCAUGCCGUGGCUGGUGGAGGAGGUGUCGCAGGAGAUCGAGUCCAUCAUCACGUCUCGCGACCUCAUCACGGAGGUGGUGCGCGACGUGGUGGAGGCGCGCGCAGAGCUGUACCGCGCGGCUGGCGAGCGCGACGCUGAUCACGUCUCGCCCGAGCAGUCCGUCACGCCGCCCUCCAUGCGCGGCGAGGGGGAGGAGGAAGAAUUGGAGCGGCCGGUGUGAGCUGCGAGCCGCAUCGUGCCCACGUCCACGGCCUUAUUUAAAGUUUUAGUGAUAUAUAGUUAAAAGGACAUGUGCCUUGCUAAACUUAUUUAAUAUUACCUAUAUUUAUAUACACGGGGAGCUAAUAAUAAAUCCACUGUUAACAUGUACUUAACGUAAAUUAGACGAUAUAUCUAACGGGAGUUGUGUCGUAAAAUCGGUUAAAAAGCGCGAGUACCAAAAACAAUACCACCUAGUAGCUGUAAUCGAAGCCUGCAGCGCUAUAUACCUACACUGUACCGGCACGAAGGCCUGAAGCCGAAACCGAAACAUAAGUUUACAUAAGUAGGUAAAACUAUGCUGAAACUGUACAAGAUAUAACUAGGUACUUAUGUACCUAAGUUUCAUUGAUCAGCAGGUGCAUAAGAAUUUUAUAAAGAGAUGCAUUUCUUACACGAUUGGAUUACAUUUACUUUUAACGUCUAGAUUCCGAAAUAAUUUAGUGAUAUAUCCAUGGCAAUAACAAUAUUCGGGCGCCAACUGGUAUGGCCGUGUAUCCCUGCUAUACCAGGCAUGCCGGCGGUGUUGGUUGAGCUCGUCACAAACACAUAUCGUACCAUUAAGUUUUUUAAUGUUAAGUUCUCCGUGCCUUCAGAAAUUGA